GAGGUUACCACAGAGAUAACCUUGCCACCCUCUGCACCCACACACCAGUCUGCUGAGGCCAGGCGUGAGCGAUCACCCUUGGUCCUCCCUCUGGCCACGCAGGGGAAGGUGUGGGCUGGAGUCCUACAAAGAAGCUUCUGAGGGAACCAGGAGCUGGGACGCACCUCCCUACCCACUGAGGAGCAGCCCAGGGGCGCCUCAGCUGCCACCCUGGAGGUCCUCACACCCAGCUCCCUUCGCUCACCCCAGGGAGAGAUGCAGAAAGACUCUGUACUAGUGCCCCCACUUGCACCCUCGGCCUCGAAGGCUGCCAUGAACGAGAGCCAGCAGGCCAGCGCAUCGGGGGUCCCCGGCAACAGUGAGACUGCGCUCCGCCCCCGUCCCAAAGCCCACCGGAAGCCCAGCAUGUCCAAGGUGAUCCUGAGGGCGAUGGCAGACAAGGCGGCACACGACCGCAUAUCUCUGGCCACCCUGAAGAAGGCUGUCAUCGCCACGGGCUACGACAUGUCCCGCAACGCCUGGCGCUUCAAGCAAGUGCUCAAGAGGCUGGUGGACAAGGGCGUGCUCAAGCAGGUGACUGGCAAGGGGGCCUUAGGCUCCUUCCGCCUGGGCAAGAAGCGGGCCUCCAAGACCAACCUCAAGGCCAAGAGACAGCGGCGGCGGCAGCGACAGCCUGGGCAGCACGGGUCGCUACUGGGCUCCAGACAGGGGCAUAAGCAGCUCUUCAAGGGGGUCCGCAGGGGGGCCAAAAGCCACCACAGUUAAUGAGGCAGGCCAGGCCACUGGGUAGGGGUGCCAGGCCCUCCGCAGGCUCAGUGCACUGAAAAUAAAAGGGGCCUAAGUAAUUUCA